UGGACUAUACCACAGCACUACUACGGCUUGUUUACAAAGAGAUCUAAAGAUGUCGUCAGGUGCUCUCUUUCCAAGCUUGGUGAGCGGCUCUAGGGGAACCUCCAGCAAGUACUUGGUGGAGUUUCGUGCUGGGAAAAUGACCCUGAAAGGGAACGUAGUGACACCGGACAAACGCAAGGGCACUGUAUACAUCCAGCAGUCUGACGACUCCCUAAUUCACUUCUGCUGGAAGGAUAGGACGACUGGAAAUGUUGAUGAUGACCUGAUCAUCUUCCCAGAUGACUGUGAAUUCAAGAAGGUGAGCCAGUGCACCACUGGACGUGUCUUCGUGUUGAAGUUCAAGGCCGGAUCCAAAAGACUGUUUUUCUGGAUGCAGGAACCAAAGAUUGACAAGGAUGAUGAGUACUGUCGUAAAGUGAAUGAGUACCUGAACAACCCUCCCAUUCCCGGAGCGGCAGGAAGCGGAGGCGGCAGCGGUCACGAACUCUCUGCACUCGGAGGAGAGGGAGGUCUGCAAAACCUGCUGAGAAAUAUGAGCCACAACCAGCUGAUGCAGCUGAUCGGACCAACUGGAUUGGGAGGACUCGGAGGUUUGGGAGCUCUAGCAGGACCAGGACUUGCCAACUUGCUGGGCAGUGGAGGACCUGCCACAAGCAUCUCCUCAUCCAGCUCUCGUAGCCAGUCAGCAGCUGCCACUCCAUCAUCAGGCGCAGCCCCCAGACAGAGUUCCUCUCAGGCCCCCACCACCCCUGUGACUCCUGCUGCAACCGCUGUCUCCCCUACAAGUGUUGCUCCUUCCACUCCAGGUACAUUGGAUUUAGCAAGCGUUUGCACUCCGGAGAUGAUGGCUCCCAUCCUGACCAACGCUGAGGUCCAGCAGAGGCUUCUUCCCUUCCUCCCUAGUGGAGAAAGUUUACUGCAGAGCGCUGAUGAGAUCCAGAACACAAUUAACUCACCUCAGUUCCAACAAUCAACCCCAGUGACUGUUGCCUCCUUCCUCCAGUCCAUGAGUAUGUUCAGCAGUGCCCUGGCCUCCGGGCAGCUCGGCCCUCUCAUGAGUCAGUUUGGACUGCCGACAGAAGCUGUGGACGCCGCCAACAUAGGAGAUGUGGAGGCGUUUGCCAAAGCCAUGCAAGACAGUAAAGGAGACGCCAAGAAGAAGAAAGAGGACGACGAGGACAUGAGUCUGGAUUAAACCUCACUCUGCCGCAGUAGAAUCUGUGAUUUAAUUUACCGUGACAACCUUUUCUUAACCUAUCUCCCAUUUCAUGUUGUCUUCCACCUUACUAUACCAAAGACAACACUCUGCUCCUCACUCAGUGGGAACGGCAACAUUUAGCAGAGCUGUUUGACACUGCUACCUUUCUUUAUCAACAGCUCCGUUUUGUUCUAUUGACAAUUACUUUUACUCUGAAAGGUCAGUUUAUAAAAUUCAGGGAGGGUUGAGCCCAGGG